UUCGGUUGCCAAUUACCGUCAAUGCCUACUAUUUUCAACUUUACAAUCAACUAUGGUCCAAUCACGCUCCAUUCUGUAACCAAAAGUCAAAAGCAAUUUCAUAAUCACCUACACUAGUUCAAAUAUAAUUGGUUGGCAGUCGAACUUGCUCUUUUAAGUCAAAGGCAGGCCUAUCUUUCCAUAUCCCAAAACUCUAAAAUCUACAAGGGAAAAUGACUCCUCUUUUUCACCAAAUCAAGUUCGUGUUCUUGCCAUGUAUAUAACUCAUUUCCCUUACAACUUGAAGCGCACCUCGCUCCUCACUUCUCCUUAUCUCUCCGUAAUGGGGGUUUUAAGCAGUGUUAGAUCAACCCUUUUUUGCUUCAUAUUCCUGAUACUGCUGAGCUGGGUAAGCUCAGACUGGGCUGAAGACAAAAAAGAAUGUUCUAACCAACUAGUUGCUCUCUCAACAUGCAUCCCUUUUGUUGGUGGAAACACUAAAGUUCCUGAUUCCACCUGUUGCACUAACCUAAGAAAAAAAAUUAACCAGACCAAGAAGUGUUUGUGCCUCCUGGUUGCGGAUCGAAACGACCCUGACCUUGGUUUCAAGGUCAAUGCCACCCUAGCCUUGAUCCUUCCUUCCAUUUGCCACGCUCCAUCUAAUGCUUCUGAGUGCCCAGAGCUUCUUCACUUGCCUCCAAACUCAACAGAUGCUCAGGUUUUUGAGCAAUUUGCUGCCACAUUCGAGGAGGGUAAUAGUAGCGCAGUGGACGUUACAGGCACCUCUACAAGUUCAAGCUGCAGCGUGAGGGAAGAAGGAUGGGUUGGAGUGUGGAAGAUUGGGAGGAUUUUAACAUGGCAACUCUUAUCAAUCUAUAUUAUAGAUAUGUAGACAGAACCCUAAGCAAUCAUGGGGAAGGGGAGGGAUCCAUGAAAUGGCAGUUCCCAUUGCCUGGAUGGUUGGAAGGACUUUAUCCAAAUUUCUUAUGUACUGUCCGAAAUACAGAUCAAAAUGCUUACUUAAUCACAAAGCUUGAUCUAUCAGUUCUGAAUUCAGCAGUGUGGCGAUAUCAAAUAAAUUUCACUUGUUUAUUUGAAUAUAGUGUGCUCUGCACCUGUUACCCAAA